CGCUAUAUAAAACAUCCCUCCACACUGACACUCAGAUGUACAAGCACCUCGCUUCUCGCCACAGCGCCUCCAAACCUCACAUCCCCAAAUCACCCCCGUGAACACGUUUAAACAGCAGACAUCUGACCCUCCUGAAUGAGCCUGAGAAGACUCAUCUCUGCUCUCUCGCCUCAGGACCGCCGCCUUCCUCACUCUUUAUUUCUCCUCAAGUUCGGCAGCUGAUACCGGCUCAGUCAGGAGGAGAUUUCUUUUUUGUGGCUGAGAAGAUCAAGGACAGUUUGACAUGAGGGGAGACGCUCCACAAAGAGGCAUGAAGACCACAUGUCUGUGGGCUGCCGCUGCGCUGCUGUCAGUCAUCUCUCUGGUUACCAGUGCUGAUUCACCAAAUUCAGGAAAUUCAGACUUGAGAGAGAGCUCAAAACCCAAAGUGAAGACCUACUGGACUGAAAGCAGCAAGGCUUUCUCCAUCAGCCGCCUGCUGUCCCAGACCCUCUAUGGCAAAGAGAACUUCACCUCUCUGGAUCUGAACUACGACGACGCAGACUCGUACACUAAACGGGAGCAGUGGAACUGGCUUUACAACACUUCAAACCCACGCGAUCCUCGAUCCAGGACAAAAAGGAGGCCCAUUGUCAAGACCGGAAAGUUCAAGAAGAUGUUCGGUUGGGGCGACUUCCAUUCCAACAUCAAGACGGUGAAGCUCAACCUUCUCAUUACUGGUAAAAUCGUGGAUCACGGCAACGGGACAUUCAGCGUCUACUUCCGCCACAACUCAACCGGUCAGGGCAACGUGUCCGUGGGACUCGUUCCACCGACAAAAGCUGUGGAAUUCCAGGUCCACCAGCAGCACCAGCAGUACCACCACCACCACCAGCAGCAGCAGCAGCAGACGGCUCUGGAGACCAAGGACACCAAACUGUUCAACUGCAGGGUGGAGUACGAGAAGGUGGAGAAGGGGACCAGGAACUCACUGUGUGCCCACGACCCCUCGCAGAGCUGCCCGCAGGAGCAGACCCAGAGCCACGUGUCCUGGCUGUGCUCCAAGCCCUUUAAAGUCAUCUGCAUCUUCAUCACCUUCUACAGCACCGACUACAAGCUGGUGCAGAAGGUGUGUCCAGAUUACAACUACCACAGUGACACCCCCUACCUCCCCACCGGGUGAUCACAUAACCAGACAUGGAGAAAAAAAAAAAAAAGGACGCAGAGACGAGCUUCGGGUCCUGAGCGGUGUCAGAUUAUUUGAAUGAAAAUGGAGUCAAGACACUUCAAACUUGAGAUUGUUGACAGGCAUUAAUACAGCUAACAUAUCCUUGUCGCGAGACUGAUAUUGCUCCAAUGAACAGACCUACCCUGAGGUCAUUAUGAGAGCAUUUAGGGAAGCAUUUAUAGGCUUGCAAUACUCAUAUUAUAUGCAUAGCUGCUUACAUUGAAAGGAAAUUCUCAAGCCAACCGUAAAAAUAUGCUGAUUGUAUUUAUGUAAAUAUUGUGGAUUCCACACAAAGACCAGAAAACAAUUUUAUUAAUGUUUUCUCCUGCUAAUUUAGUUGUUUAUGUUGAUAGUGUAUUUCCGUCUCAAUCAUGCUUUCUGUCUUUUCCAAUCAGUCUCUGGUAAUCAUUGCAAACACGUAAAUGUCAAUGCAAAUAAGAAGAAUCUGUCAGUAUGCAUUAGAGGACAUAAUGGAAAAAGCAAACAUAUUUUGAGUGGUGUUGUUUUCUGCAGUGUGAUUGUUAGAGUGAAUAUACCUCUCUGAUAUUGUUGUUGGAAUCUCGUCAAUGUCCAUGCAUGAACCGAAUGUGGUAAACAACUGAAUAACGUCCAUCUAUAUUUUCAUGUUAUUGCAGCUGUCAGAAAUAAUCUUCAUCAAGUCACGGGAGAAAAAGUAAAAAAAAAAAAAAAAAAAAAGUGCUUCUAUUUCAAUUCUGUGUUAUGUGUUAGCAGUUUUAAGGCCAUGAAUAUCACACAGUAAAUGACACCAAUGGAGGGCUCAGAUCAGAUCAAACAUACGCAAGUAAAUGUUGCAAUAAAUAAAUAAAACUUGCAGAAGACACACAAGUUGACAGAGAUACAGAGGAUCAUUUACUGCACUGCGCCUUAAAAACAAAUCAAACAUAACUGUGCUCUAAUUCUGCUGUUUUCUCAGUCCUGCAUUUCCAUUUUAGACAUCUUACUUUUAUGACUUACAACGAGUCCAGUAUAAUAAAUUUCAACCCCUGCAUCACUAAUAUGACAAGCAGCCUGUAGUAUUACGUGUCAGAGCCAAAGUGCCCCCGCGGUAUCCAAAAAUAACUAUCUGUACACACUGGAAUAAUCAUUUAUAUAGAAAAGUGCUAAUAAUGAGGAAAAAGUAAAAGUGUUUGAAAAUGUUUAAGAAGUAGAUAUUAGAACAAGCAGGUACACAUGGAAGUCAUAAAGGAUGUUCUUUAAAGUUGAAAGGCUGAAACAGAACAAACUGUUAAAAUGUGAGAUGUGGUAAAAUGUGCUUUCUUGCUCCAGAGGAGACAGGACAUGUAUAAAAACAGCAGGUGCUAAUCACACAUCCCACCUAUCAAAUGUUGGCACUUCUGGUUAUCAAAAAAAAAAAAAAAGAUCUGGAUGAGACUAACACUGGCUGUUAAUGAUAUUGGAUGUUCCAAUUGGCUAUUAAACCUUCAUUACAUAAAUUGGGAGCCAGUGGCUCCACAUGAAGCAUUUAGAGGAAAUGAACACAGUGUAAGUGGGAGCUCUGCAGAGUCAACACCAUAGAAAGAAUGAAUUAAAGUGCUGAUAGAAAACCUGUAAAAAAAAAAAAAAUGUGCACCUAGGGGCGCAAUCACUGCUGUCUAUUUAAAUUCAGUGCUCUUUCACAGUGUAUGCUGUGGUAUACGCGACACAGUAACUGCUAAUGGCAGCCUGGACGACAUCCAAUAUGCCAACAUGGGGUGUAUUUUGUGACAAGGCAGGCCAAAGAAUAGGGGUCUGCCUGUGGGAUGAGUGAGCAUAAAGAGGAAUUUAUGAUGUGGAGGAACAAGGCUGGCAGAAAUCACUGGAAGCACCUGACUCGUAAAUUGAGAGCAUGUUUCUGUCACUGAGAAGAAGGAAUGACUAAUGUCUCAGAUUGCUGUUUGGGCCAGUCCUUUCAUCUCAAUAAAGUGACUUUGAUAUCUCUCCACCCCUACCCAAAUGUGCCAGGGACAGUUUGUUCGGCUUCAAAGAAUUAAAGCAGCACUUUGCCGAGACAAUGCAGCCUCAUUAUGCACAUAAUCUUACAAGUGUAAACAGCCUGGCACAAAAGUGUGUGGUGUGAGAGCCACUGAGAGAUGGAUCUGUUCCCUGACUGAUGUCAUCUGAGGGUAAAUGCAAUGUUACAUGUUGUGUACGCUUUAAUACUGACCAUAUGAAUUACAGAUGUAUUCACAAAUAUAACUUAAAGCUCCACUGAUCAAUAUUUUAACACUUAACUGCUUGAUGUGACGGACCCACAGAUUUCCCCUCAGCUCUACGGAGCGUUUUAUCAUCCUUAAGCUCUUUGUUUUAGUUUUUUUUGCGGUCCUUCCGACCAAAACGCCUCUGGUAAAUCCACUGUACGCUACCUGCCCAGCUCCCACAGUUGGCGACUAGCUGAAGAACAUAGUGGAGUAUUUAGCAGCUAAAGAGACAGAUGUUUCCCUCAGGAGUUGGUGCAAAGCACAGGAGCGUGAAUAUCCGACUUCCAUUUGCCAGGUGGCCAGGAACGCGGCCCCAAAUGAAUACUAACGUUUCUCCGUGUCUGCUGGAAGUGUAAAUAAGAAUCUAACACGUAUCAACUGCAUGAGGCGAUAAUUUGUCUGUGUUGUGUUGACAGUUUGCUGCGCUGCCCCCAAACAAAUCAAUUAAUUCAGGUUUAAGAGUUUGACAAAGGAUGAAAAAUAUGCAUUCUGUGCGUUUAAUAUCUACUAGUGAUUGCAAAUAUUGGGCUGCUUUACCUCUGUAUUUAAGAACUGCUGAAUUAUAACAAUCUUUAGCAACUGGAAAUAAUAACUUAGAUUUAGUUGUUAAGUCGAGUAUUAGGCCCGUUAUUAAAACAUCUGUCAGUCAUUUUGGGAGUGACUUCAAUGUUCCAAUUUUAUGUUUUGGCUUCUAGCACUAGGGCUAAUCUUUUGUUAACUUUCAGAUCACUGAUUGUACCUUCAAUACAACUGAUUAAACAGAGGGGAUGUAGACCGUAGAGUUUUAUAAUUAAAACGUAGGAAAUAUAGCUUUUCAGAAAUUAAAUUCAAACCGAUCUCAAAUAUCUAAUAACCAAAAUUAAGCAGCAAAUCUCUUUCUUGGAGACUAAUUUGCACAAGUGGGAGAGGUUGGAUUCAUUUAACUCCUCUUUAAAGCCAACGAUUCUUAAAUUAUGUUAAUUUCAAAGCACCACUUUACCCGGCAACAAGAAAAACUAGCCGUUUCCUCAGAGAAACUGUCCGUUUAACGAGCUCAGUGUGUAUGAAUGAAACCGACAGCAUUACAACCCGGCGGUGUUUGGACGUCUAAGCUAUCUUUGGGCCCAGAUCUCCUCCCUCGGUUCAGUUGUCCUGGGCCGGAGCCAUCCAUGCCUGCCGUCUAUCCCCUAGCUCGCCCACAAUCCCUGAUUAAUGUGGUCUGGGCGGGAGCUGUCAGAAAUGGCAGAGAGAAUCAUGGGAUUUCUCCUUCAGAGUCCCAAUGACACCCAGCAGCUGCAGGAGUAAACAGAUGACUAACCACUGGCCUUUUGGCAGCCUGUGGAGAUUCACACGGAGGGAGGGCUGCGUACGUUGCUUUGACAUUUAGGUGGAUUAGAAAGUUCUUGGGUUCUGCUCUCGUGGUGUCAGAGGUGGUUGGCAUAGUAAUUAUGUGCGUCUUAUUUUACUUCCGCUUGACCCCCCACCUCCCUCCCAACGGUACUGAAAAUGUAGAGGUUUGUUUUUUUCCCCACUUACAGAUGUUUGUUUAAGUGUAAAACAUCAUUUACGAGCCUCAUUUAUAAACAAAUCACAUUUUGUUUGCGCUGCUACAGAAGACAUAAUAGGUAUCCUAAAAAAAAACCAACAACAACAACCAUUUGUCAUUUCAGACCAUGUCCUGCUGCAGAAUUCAUUUCAAAUCUGGGGCUGAAGCUGUCCUGGGGCACAGUUUUGUGUGAGGUAUUGACAUAUUAAAAUCUCUAUCAUACAA